AUGGUGGAUAUUGUCACGUAUACCAGUCAUGAAAGGAACACCGUAUUUUGCUCAUUCGACAGAUGGCUCGUUUUAUGUGAUGACACCUCCCUUUUGACCACAGCAUUUUCGCAUUUCGACGUAGAUAUGACACUACAUCGUUCUUCAAAAGAAGAGAUACUUAAUAGCGACAUAUCGCAGAUCAUCAUAUAUGAUUAUUCGGACAUUGUUAGAGUAAUGGGUAUGUUCGACAACGUUUUAUUCAGGCUCAGACGCGAUCAACGUGGUGGAGUACAACUAGGACCACUAGGUGUAUCUCCUGCUCGUGGUAUUUGGAGGAUUAUGAAAUAUUAUGACAUAAAACAAGAUAUGUGCGCUUAUGUCGGUUACGAAUCUGAAAUAGCCGAUUUUGCUGCAAUAGUCAGCGAAACAGAUGCAGAUUCGAGCAAAGAGGAACGCAGCCUACUUUCCAACGAUGUUCUUAGGGUUAUCAGUCCUAAAUGUGUAGUAAAACCGACUGGAUCAGUGAACUGCGAUGUAAAAGAGGAGGAUCAGCACGUUGAUAAAAAUGCUUGA